UAUCAAUUCACAAAAACAUAUUGGAACACUUAAAUUAUUUAUUAAAGUACAAAUAAACACGUAAAUAACAAUAAUAAAUCACAAAUAAACAAUGAGUUCAAAUGCUGAUAGAAUUAACUAGUGCAAAAGAAUGGAAUGUAAACAGAUUUAGAACACUGACUUCGCCUUUCCAACAUGAUUCAAAACAAUUCUUAAAAAAACACCUCACAUUAAUAUUAUAGUACAGUACUAUAUAGAAUAGUAUUAUAAUAAUUAUAAUAAUUAUUCAUUGCCAAUCAGAUUUUUCAUAAAGGGUGUCAUUUUAAAGGUAUUCUUAGUGUAAAAUCUGAAUUCUGAAGUAUGUGGGACUAACUCCAGAAAUCGCUAUUUAUAUGACGAACAUGGCAUGCUUUUAUUUUGAAAUGUUCGCCGGAAGUACUUUCGCUAAACCGCUAACUUCAGCUUUACACUCCGCAAAAAAAGCACUUUUUGUCAUUGCAUGUAGUGUCAGUAAUAGAUUUUUUUUGGUCAUUUUUUCCGUUGGCAAAUGCUGUUAACCAGAGAUUUUUCAUAUUUGAAGUGUCACCUUUUAACCGCAAGUUUGCUUUCACGAGACGACUGCCAAUGUUUUAUAGCAGGCUAAAGUCUGGAUGCUGAGCUUUAUUACGUCCGUGACGACGUGGUGAAUCACAAUGCCAUGUCCUUCACCAUGCCCGUGCCCAGUGAGACCAACAGCCUUCACUUCACCUGGCACUCCAAGUCCAAGGUGGACUACCGCUUAGGUUUCCAGGUGGCGAACCCUGCUGCAAUGAAUAUACCACGGAGCAACAUUUCCAACCAGGGGGAGCUUCCUCGCAUUCCCUCCGUUUUUCGAGUGGACCUUUUCUGUUCGGGCAAGGUGGACGCGGAGGCAAUCGUGACUGUGCAGCUCAACGUGACGCUGCACGCCAACAACUACACAGUGCUUAACUUCAAGAGGAGGAAAAUGUGCUACAAAAGUAAACCAGAAAGAAUAGAUUCCGACCCUAAGAUUCCAUUUCCUUUCAACAACCACACCCUUCACACGCUUCAGCAGCCCGACUUAGAUGGCGUGACUGCACCCACCACCUCUACUCAGGUGUUCUACAUCAGUGUCAGUGUGUGCUGUAUCGUCAUCUUUCUUGUGGCUAUCAUCCUGGCCAUCCUUCACCUGCACAGUAUGAAAAGAGUUGAGAUGGAGGACAGCGUGAGUGACAGUGGAAGCUCUCAAGGACUUUCUCAGCCCUCUACACAGACCACGCAAUACCUGAGGGCCGACACGCCAAAUAAUGCGGCUCCUGUGUCUAACAACCACCCUGGUUCCGCACCCAUUCUCCAGCUCGCAGCCUCCUCAUUCCAAAACACCGGCGCUCCCCCUCAUGAAACCAAAAGCUUCCCGUCUCUACGAAUUGAAAAGAACGACCUGAGAAGCGUGACCCUCAUGGAGGCCAAGGCCAAAGUCAAAGACAUCGCCAUCUCGCGGGAGAGGGUCACACUGCGUGAUGUGCUUCACGAAGGCACUUUUGGACGCAUCUUCCAUGGUGUGCUGUUGGACGAAAAGGACCCUACCAAAGAAAGACCAGUCUUUGUGAAGACUGUAAAAGAUCAUGCGUCGGAGGUCCAGGUGACCAUGAUGUUGACUGAAAGCUGCAAGCUUCGCGGCCUUCAUCACAGAAACUUGCUCCCCAUCAGCCACGUGUGCACGGAGGAUGGCGAGAAACCCAUGGUGCUGCUGCCCUUCAUGGCCUGGGGCAACCUGAAACUGUUCUUGCGCCAGUGCAAGCUCGCUGAGGCCAACAACCCGCAGGCCAUCUCCCAGCAAGACCUGGUCUACAUGGCCAUUCAGAUUGCGUGCGGGAUGAGCUACCUAGCGCGGCGUGAGGUCAUCCACAAAGACCUCGCCGCAAGGAACUGCGUCAUCGAUGACAACAUGCAGGUGAAGAUCACCGACAACGCUCUGGCCCGCGAUUUGUUCCCCAUGGACUACCACUGCCUAGGGGACAAUGAGAACCGACCUGUGCGCUGGAUGGCGCUUGAGAGCUUACUUGACAAUGACUUCUCCAGUGCUAGUGAUGUGUGGGCUUUCGGCGUGACGCUGUGGGAGCUGAUGACUCUGGGCCAGACGCCGUACGUGGACAUCGACCCCUUCGAGAUGUCGGCCUACUUGAAGGACGGAUACAGGAUAGCGCAACCAAUCAACUGUCCUGAUGAACUGUUUGCCGUCAUGGCGUGCUGCUGGGCUCUGGACCCGGAGGAGAGACCCAAAUUCCAGCAGCUGGUCCAGUGCCUCACGGAGUUUCACGCCGCCUUGGGGGCUUACGUUUGAAAGCCUCGUGGAUUCUACUUGUGCCUUAUGAAAGAAAACUAAUUUGAGGCUUGUGUCCUUUUUUAUUUUUGUACAGGUCUUUGUUUUUUUAUAUAGCUUCUUACAGCAUAGCAAAUAUUUUUCAUAGAUUGUUGACUCUCCCAACAGGAAUUUUUCCACUGACAUCCACGUGCCAUGUUUUAAAGGCACUUCAGCAUUUAUUUGUACAGGUAGUCCCGGGUUACGACGUACUCGAGUUAUGUGGUUUUGAUUUUACGACGCAAAAGUCUCAUCCGUAAUUUUGUUUCCAGUCGUUUUUUUUUUUUGUUUGUUUGUUUUUUAAAGGCACGUAAACAGUACCUUAUUGUACCUCAGUAUUUAAUUUUUUACUUUACUAAUAUGACGCGUUCUGUUCUCACUAAACGUGAAGUUGUUCAGCUUGACAGACAGCAAACAAGGCAAUUUUGGGUUUUGAUGCUUUUGACUUCCUUCACUUUUGACCAUUUGUAAACUGUAACGCACAUAUGUACAUCUAUCCAUAUAGUCUGAUCAAUUUAGUCAAUUAAAUAAGCCUAAUUUGCCUUAAAAAAGUCCGCUAGCUUAAAUGCUAACGUAUUUAUAAUUCUCACAGCAAAUUGCUCACACAUAAUUCAAACAAACUGUAGCUCUAAACUUAAUUACAAAUGCAUACACAAACAUAGUCUGCUCCUCAGUCAUAAGGCGACAGCCCAGCCAGACCCAACGUUGCCACCAGAGGAGAAUGUAUCCUCCAUCAUUAAAUAAAAUACAAUACAUUUGGACUUUUUGGAUAGUUAUUUUGAGAUUUAGGUGUAUUUAAAGGGUUCAUGCCGAUUUACUCGGGAAUUCGGGUUACGUCGCCAGUGUACGGAACUUGUUCAUAACCUGGGGACUACCUGUAUAUGCACUGUAAACCCAUUAAGCACGGUACGACGGCAAAAAACUUUUAACAUGCUUUUCAAAGUAUGUUGUUUAGUAUGUACACAUUCAGCAUCAGUCGCUUUUACACUGUUAUAAUAUUAGGAUACUCUCGGAAGUAGUGUCAGCCAUAAUAGGUGCGGUGCCAUCUUAACUUUUUUUUUCUUUUUAUUAUUGGAUUUCCACAAUCUUUUUCAAGGCUACCAGGACCAUCCCGAUGUUCCAAGUUUGCUUUUUUUUUUUUUUUUUUUUUUUUUUUGUCCGGCCAUUUAACACUAUCCGUCACAGGAGUUACUGAAUUUAUCAUUUUUGUAAAAUCUCAAUGUACCUGGAUGGUUUUUGGGAGCGUGAGGUUCUGGUAUGUUUCUGGUCACUGCAUGUUGAAUGAUGGUGCUUAAAUUCAUUCAUUAUUAAAUUUAAUUUCUUUGACAUUUUUCCUUG